AUAAGUGGUUUUAGAGCAGUUCAGUUCAGUCGUGACCUGCACAUUCGAGAUAGGACAUUGGCUUUGCAGUGGACGCGAGUUGUUGUGAUAACAUGGGGAGUCGCGCUGAUUCGCAGAUGAAGGGCAUUGAGAACGUGCGGCCCGAGGACGUGGAUGCUUACAAGGCCAACUAUCGGUGCUUCACGCCGGGGCUGCAGACGACCGACGUCAUGGGCGCCUACACCGCCUGGGCGCAGACCUACGAUGCGACCCUGUGCUCCGGGAGAUACAACGGACCGGAAAUGGCGGCCCAGGAGAUAGCAGCGCGGGUCGAGGAGGACCUUCGGCACUGCGUCCGCGUGCUCGACGUGGCGGCGGGGACGGGCAGGGUCGGCACAGAGCUCGCGAAGAGGGGGUUCACACACGUAUGACGUCGUGGUGAUCGUGGGCGGCAUGGGCGAAGGUCACAUCCCCGUCAGUGGUAUUGACGACCUUAUCCGCAUCACGAAACCAGGCGGACUUGUCAUUAACGUCAUGAGGCUGGAAUACCUCGACUACGUGGAGGCUUACAAGGACAAGCUAGAACCUUACAUGGACCUCCUGCAUCAGAAGGGGUGGUGGCAGAAGGUGGACAGGAAGGUUGUGCCAAAUUACGCCUUUGAUAAAGAAGGAAUCAUUUUUGUUCACAGAGUUUUGUAAAUAAUCA